UUCAAUCUUUUGCUCCUUGCACUUUACAGAAAGUCUUCUUUUACAAAUCUCAUUUAAUUAGUCUUUCUCUAAAAGUUCUUCUCUCGUUUUGCAAAGUUUCUGCCUCCAUAAGAGUAGAACAGAAGAAAGAAGAAAAGCUCAAGGCUUUUUUGUUCUGAAGAAAAGAAAAAAAAAAAAGGAGCCAUCUUAUGACAGAGCAGCUUCUCAUGGAUUUCUUUGCUUUCAAUGGUUCUUUGUCCACAUGGAAAGAUGUAGCCGGAAUCGCAGGCAACAUAUUUGCUUUUGGGCUAUUCGUUUCACCAAUGCCAACGUUUAGGAGAAUCAUGAGGAACAAAUCAACCGAACAAUUCUCGGGUUUACCAUACAUUUACGCUCUCUUAAACUGCUUGAUCUGCCUUUGGUACGGUACACCUUCCAUAUCCCACAGCAAUGUCAUGCUUAUGACUGUGAAUUCUGUUGGAGCCACUUUUCAGCUUUGCUACAUUAUCCUCUUCAUCUUGCACACAGACAAGAAAAACAAGACGAGGAUGCUUGUUUUGCUUCUUUUGGUGUUUGUUGCGGUUGGUCUGAUUGUAGCUGGAAGUCUUCAGAUACCCGACAAUCUCACACGGUGGUACUUUGUCGGGUUCUUGAGCUGCGCUUCUCUUGUCUCAAUGUUUGCCUCACCCUUGUUUGUUAUCAAGCUAGUGAUUCAAACCAAGAGUGUUGAGUUUAUGCCCUUUUAUCUCUCUCUAUCGACUUUCUUGAUGAGCGCUUCCUUCUUCCUUUACGGGUUAUUCAACAGCGAUGCCUUUGUUUAUACACCGAAUGGGAUAGGAACGAUUCUUGGUAUUGUGCAGCUGUCUUUGUACUGUUACUACCACAGAAAUUCUGUAGAGGAAGAAACAAAAGAGCCUUUGAUUGUUUCUUAUGUGUGAGAUUCGCACAAAAGAAGUAAAUCUACGGUGGGGAAAAAGAAAACAAAAAUAUGGUUACAUCAAAGAUUCUUUGUUGUUGUUGUUGUUGCUGUUGUUGUCUACUCUUUGUAGCUUCUUGUGACUAUAUCUAACGGCUUUGAUUCUCCCAUGGCGUGAAGAUGUUUAUCCUCUCGGCUUCUGUCAUGAUCGAAAGAUGGAGAUCUUUUUUUCAGUUUUGAUGGCUCAUUUGCUGAAGAUUAUCUGGUGGGCUGAUUUGAAGAACAUUUCUCCAUGUAUUGUUUGUUUUAGAAGAUUAUUCUAUUUGUUUAUUCAUAAGAUUUUGCUUUCUUUGUUAAAAAAAGAAAGAAAAUUUGCAUGUAUUUGUAGCAAAUUGUUUGUUCAUAAGGAAUUGCUUUUCUUUCUC